UCAUAGUCGAGCGCCCUCCGAAUGACGCCUGCGCAGAACGGUGUUUUGAUGUUCUAAGCUCUCGCCGGCGGGCGAUUGGAUAAGUUUAUUUUUUUCGUUUCAUAGUCGAAUUUCGAGGAAAGAACACAUGCGCUGUUUAAGCUGAACCGAUUGUCUUUCGCCGGGCGACUGGAGCAUGUCCCGACAUUCUCCGGGCGACUCGCCAGUUGAAUUUAAGAGCAUAGACUUGCUAUAACUAUUAUGGAAAACCUUUAUAAUAUUGUCCGACUAAAUGCAGAAAUCGACGAAAAUGAUGACAUUAAUUUAAGAAUGCCUAAAAGAUAUAUUAGAGAUAUGCAAAACCCAGUUCAAUUUUACAAUGAUUUCGAAUUUAAACGUCGAUACAGAUUCAGUAAAAAUGUAGUUAUGGAACAUUUAAUUAAAUUAGUGGAACCAGAACUAUUAAAAGUUAACCAGCGUGGUUUACCAGUUUCGCCUUUAAUAGCAGUGUUAUGCACAUUACGAUUUUAUGCAUCUGGAAGUUUUCAGCUUACUUGUGGGGAUCUUGGAGGAAUCUCACAGUCAACUGUGAGUAGAAUAGUAAAACAAAUUUCAACAAUAUUUGCAGCUCAAAGUCGUAAUUCUAUUAAGAUGCCCACAACACAUGCAGAAGAACAACAUAUAUAUGAACAAUUUUACCAGAUUGCGCACUUUCCUGAGGUAGUUGGCUGUAUAGACUGUACGCACAUACCAAUCAAGAAUCCUGGUGGUUUGGUUGCAGAAUUAUACCGAAAUAGAAAACGUACAUUCAGUAUAAACGUUCAAGUUGUUGCUGGACCAUCUAUGAAAAUUAUGGACAUUGUUGCAAGGUGGCCUGGAAGAGAACAUGACAGCAUGAUUUUUAAUAAUAGUUCAUUAAAAGCCAGAUUUGAAGCAGGGCAUUUGCAUGGAUAUUUAUUAGGUGACAGUGGGUACCCUUGUUUGCCAUAUCUUAUGACUCCUCUACUGCACCCAGAAAACGACUCCGAAAUUUUAUACAAUUCGAGCCAAAUUAGAACAAGAAACAUUGUAGAAAGAUUAUUUGGAGUGUGGAAAAGACGUUUCCCUUGUUUGGCGAAAGGGCUAGGAACUAAAUUAGAAACUACUUGCGUGAUAGUAGUGGCUUGUGCGGUUUUAUAUAAUAUAGGAAUUGAUUUUGGAGAGAACCUAGAUGAAGUUUUGGUGGAAGAAAGAGAUCCAAAUAUACCAGAAAACUUACAAGUAAGGGGAAAUGCUCAAGGUUAUGGAGUUCGUCGUGCAUUGAUUGCGCGUCACUUUACAGAAUGAAAUAGUUUUAU